AUUGAUCCUUAUAACUUUGAUUGGGAUGAUGCUAGGAAAGAAGCAAAAGAGAAUGGAGCAUCAAUUUCGGGCAUGGCUCGAUUAUAUGCUUCGUUACAUUAUCAUAUUGCUAUGCUUAACGUUGAUCCUAUUCUGCACUAUUUAUGUGCAUUAACAAUAUAUGUGAACAAUGACCAACUGUGGGCUCGUGUGGGUGAAUGUGCAAUGCAACGGAGCGAUUGGCCAACAGCUUUAUUUGCAUUGGAAAAUAGCUCGGGAUGGAAUGCACUCAAUGGAAUCAUAAUCAGCAUGUACAAACAACGUCUUUAUCUGGGUUUGUGCACUGUAUAUGCGAAAUUGGCAUCAAUACUUCCAUUUGAUCAGCAUUACGCGACUGGUUUAGCGAUUAAACGAGCCAUUCGAAAAUCUAACGCGUAUUGGGAAAAUAAAUGCCGAGAAAUUUUUAAUGAAGAUGCAGCUUAUGAUGUUGAUGAUAGUGUAGAGACUGUCGAAAUGUAUGAUAAGGAUGAUGGCAGUAUGAAAGGGGAAGAUUUAAAUUAUUCGUUCGAAUGGAAUCGGCGAUCAACUCGAUUUCGUACAGAAUUUAUCAUUGAUGAUACGAACGGUUGGCAAGAAGAUACCUCACGGAUAGACACGUGUAAAAGUGGUGAUGUUUUUGAAUGCGUAGUCACAGGUGAAUUGCGCUUGCAGUGGAUGAAUUUCAGAUGGUUGAAGUGUGAUAGUCAUGACUGUGAAGGAUUAGUGACACGAAGUGAAGCAUACCUGCAUUUGCUGGGUGCUGAACUGUGUUGUCAUGAAGGUAGGCGAUAUUGGUGGUCGUUGAGGGGAAACGAUAUUCGGGUAAUCAAUUUGUUCGAAACAUCAUUCAAUUGGAGUGAGGUAGGAGAUGGUGAUAUUGAAUGCAAUGUUUUAACGUUAAUUGAUGCAUAUAUCGCUGUAAAAAAUUAUAACUCUGCUGCGGUUUGGCUUUGUCGAGCGAUCGAUUAUCUGUCUUCGUUCAGCAGUGUAGAUGAAGCACUGAAACGAAUCCACCUACUCGUUGAUUUGCGUUCCGUUGAACGAGAAACAAUUUCAAAUUUAGUGCAUUCUGUUGUGCCACUUCUAAUGAGUGAACCUCAUAAAACCGAUUUAUCACUGUGGAUAUUCGUUUACGAAAGUGCACGUUUGCUGGAAGGUGAACGAAGUGUUGAGUCAUUACGUGCGCUUUAUGCAAGUGGUUCAUUGAUGUUAAAUUCUUCGCUAAAUGUUCUCGUGAUUGCACAUGAUAUGCUAGCUGAGUCUGAAUGCUGUUACGCUGAAAAUUAUCGUUUUCUAAUAUUCGAAUUGCGUGAAUUGGCAAAUGUACGAGCAGAGCGCAAUGUUGACGAGGCUCUGUCUGAUGGACAACAUACUGAGCAGUUACGUGCUUACUAUGACGAACUGCAUCAAUGUUUGUUCUGCAUGUUCGGAUGCCCAUCACGUUUAAAACGUCUUCUCGAAGAGCAUGGUGGUUCACAUUCCUAUGAGCCGUCAGAAGAGGACGCAAUGUUCAUCGCUUCAUUACUAUUACCCGAUCCAUUACCGUCAUACAAUGACACAUUGUGUUCUGACUUGAUCGAAAUCGUGCAAAAGAAACUUACUCAGUUCAUUCAACCAAUCGAUCAUGAGACCUCAAUGGUUGCUGAAUUGGAAAAUUUCAUCAGUGAAUCGAAGGUUUGUGAUUGGAAACGAUGUAUAUCAAAGUACAGUAAAUUACGUGCCCGAGUCUUUUACAUGCUCGCGUUGAAUGCAUUCCGCUUAUUGCGAGUCGAUGAAACACUAUUGUAUACGAAAUUAUUUUUGGUUACUUCUGAGAGUGGAAUUGAUGCACGAAUUUUGCAUUGUGCGUGGACUAUGCUAUCGUUCUUUGGUGUUUCUGCACUUUUUACGCUAACAGAAGAUGAUUUGAUAAUGAAACUAUCGAGUGCCAUUUUCCCAUUUCGAAUGUCACUUCAUUUCGAUAAAGACAGUCAGGAUGUGUUAUUCAAUUUUGGUAGUGCGCUCUACCAAAUUCGCAGUAAACUUGUUCGGUUUGGUCGGAAGCUUGACACUGAUGACAUCCGUGUUCGUUGGAUACGCAUUCGUACAGCUGGUAUGUUAGAAGAAAGUCGAGAAUUGUUCUUACGUUGUGCAUCUCUUUUAUCUGCUGGUGAUCCAGAUUUGUGGCGUUGUCAUUAUUUUCUUGCAAAAAUCGACGACAAAAUCGGAAAUUCUAUUGAAUCGGUAAUGGAGCACCACUACGAAUCUGCACGUCAGUUAGAAGCUAGUGGAGUGCAGUAUCCGAUGCGUAUAAACACUAAAAAACAAGACCAUAUUGAAGCGGUUGAGUUGCAUUAUCGCACAUAUGCAUACCUCAUUAAAUGGCUUAUUGAAACAGAUGGCAUACAAUGGACAAGAGAGCAGCUCACAAAAAUGCUUGCUUUUGCAGAAACGUUUUGUGCAAUGAAUGAAGUUGAUAAAUGUCUGUAUGAUGCGGUUGAGCGCAUUCAUCUAACCAAUUCAAUCCUGACGCUUUGUGAAGAAGGUUUCGAAGUUUGCAUUAAAAGAUUUCCACAUUUCAAGUCCUACUAUCGUUUAGCGCAACUCUCGUUCUACCGGGGCGAUUAUGCGAUGGCUUCAUCAUUGAUUUUCACUCGGUUAUUUGCUCGGAAAAAGUCGUGUAAUCCAGACAAUAUUUUUGAGACGUUGAUAGCCAUAACUCAAACGGAUUUGGAUAGAGGUGAUUCGUUACAGUAUCAUGUGUACCGUAUCGCGUCACUUGCUAUUACAAUCGCUUCGAGAACCAAUGAUUGUGUUUCGUUGAUUUCAUUAUUACACACAUUUUGUACACUUAUUUUUUGCGGCAAUACAGAUUAUUUGUUAGCAGAAGAUGUGGAAAAAGUAUAUCGUUAUACAUGUUCACAACUUCUGAAAUGUGUCAAUGAAAAAGUGCAGAACGGUGAGGACAGUUGCUCUCUGGCGGUACAUCUUUACGAUCUCUAUCAAUAUGCUGAAAGGUAGAACAAUGAAAAGAAGUUGUGUACAUGCCUGCGAAAAUGUUUCGCAAUGAUAGCCCCCCAUUUGGAUGGAUUCGUUUCCGGUAAUGAUCCAGUUGAGAUUAUUUAUGUGAGUUUUUAA